AUGUCGGCAGCGCAGCCCGGAAGAUUGGUGCCAGCUACGAUAAACCUCGCGAUGGAUCAUUCUAUUGAAGAGAUCAUCCUUGUAGCUGCUUAUGUCAAGCUAUAUGAAUUCAUCAUUGCCUUGCGUCAAUGGACGGAAACAGAUGUGGAAGGCCAUUUGUUUGUCAUAAAGAGGAACACUCAGCCACAUUUCCUGUUGAUUAUUCUGAACUCGCGAAACACAGGAUACUUUGUCGAAAUCAUUGACGGCCAUUUUGAAUUAAAUCUUCGACAACCCUUUCUCCGUUAUCAAAAUGGUGUCCGAAGAAUCUAUGGAAUUUGGUUUUCUCAGACACAAGAGUUUCAACGAGCUGCAGAAGUCUUCACUCGGAUUGUUAGCACAUACGCACAGCCACCAUCUUCAAGGUAG